CUCUCUUUCUCUCUCCCUCACACACACCCUGCUGAGGUGCUUCCUGAACAGGGCUCGCUCUAGGACCCAGUGAGAGAGAGACUAGGGGGCGCGGUGAUAUUUUUAAUCUGACCACAGAGCCUGUUAACUCGCUGCUGCUGUUUCCUCGAAACUGAAGACAGCUCUGACAGAAGUGCCUUGUGCUUUAGCAUAGUCCCUCAUCCUCAGUGUGAUACUAACUGCUGUAGGGUAGUACCCCAGGCCGCUUGGAGCAGAGACACCCCCAGGCCCCAGACAGAGGGCCUCCCCUCCAUGGCCCAGUGGCCCUGUGUGUCCUGACAUGCCAGGCAGCAGCAGCAGCACAUGCCAAGCCCCAGCAGGCCAGCCAUGGAGCAGCAAGCCUGGAUACUGAGGGGCUUCCUGGCUCAAGUGGAGAGCAAGGAGGCUGAGGUGGAGGAGGCGGAGAGUGGCUUCACCGGGGAGUUCUUGAGGCUCAAACGCCAGUCCACCAAAUACCGCACUGACAAAACCUACCCCACAAAGAUAGCAGAUAAGCAGGAGAACGUGAAGAAGAACCGAUACAAGGACAUUGUUCCCUUUGACCACAGCAGAGUGAAGCUAUCCCUUACCACCUCCAAGAACGAUAACGACUACAUCAAUGCCAGCUUCAUCAAGGGAGUGUCAGGGGCCAGGGCCUACAUUGCCACUCAGGGCCCUCUUCCCCACACCGUGCUGGACUUCUGGAGGAUGCUCUGGGAGUACAAAACAGAGGUCAUAGUGAUGGUUUGCAGGGAGUUUGAGAUGGGCAGGAAAAAGUGUGAGCGCUACUGGCCAAAGAAACAAGAGGAACCUUUUGUGUGUGACCCGUUUACAAUUUACUGCGACUCAGAGGAGAGUAAAGGAGACUAUGUGAGCAGGAACCUAAGAGUGACCUACCGCAAUUGGAGUCGUACCCUGAGACAGCUGCACUAUAUCAACUGGCCGGACCACGGUGUCCCAGACACCAUCCCUCCAAUCCUGGAGCUCCUGCAGGAUAUGAGAGCUUACCAGGCCCAUGAGGAUGUACCCAUCUGUAUCCACUGCAGUGCUGGCUGUGGAAGAACAGGAGCACUGUGUGCCAUCGACUAUACCUGGAACCUGGUGAAAACACAGCUGCUCACAGAAGACUUCAACAUCUUUGACCUGGUCAAAGACAUGAGAACACAGAGGCCUUCUGUGGUUCAGACCAAGGAACAGUACGAGCUACUGUACAGAACCAUCAAGUUCCUGUUUGAGAAGUACCUGCAGUCCAUGGCACCAGUCCCCCCCUCCUGUACAGAGGAGGUGCCAGCGGCCCCCUCACCCCCUACAGCCAGUGACAGUGAGCUCUCUGACCUCAGUGAGGAGUCUGAAGCUGAACAGGAACCAGAACCUGAGCCCCAGCCUAAAAUGGAACCACAGACAAUGCACAGGCACCCAGAGAGCGAGGAGCCUGAUGAGAUAUCCAAUCACGCCGUACCAGUGGCCUUCUUUGCCCCAGAAGUGCAUGUUGACCCACUGUGUGACGCGGCUAAGUGCUCCCCCUCAGCCAUCCUCAAUGCUCUGAGAGCUAGGGACAGUCAGAGGGAACAGCAGAGACCAUACUCCCUACCAACACAGACUGUGAACCAGAAACCACAACCCCGCAAGAAACAGCCCAAUAACAUGGCCGUCAAUCAGAGACCACCAUACCCGCCACCGACACAGCCUAAUUACCCGAGACCUUAUUUCCUACACACACAGCCUGCUAACCUGCCCACCAGCCAGGACCUGAGACAAGAGCCCAGCCCCAGUAUCCCCAUCAUAACCCCUCAGGCACUCAGGACUCAGGAGUUCUCUCAGAUAGCCAUGGAGCAUGAGAAGGUGAAGAUGGAUGGAGAGAUCACCCCACUGGUAAUACCAGUGCUUCCUGUGGACUUAUUCUCCAACCCCCUCUGUCUCACCAUGGAGGACCCCUACUUUGGGCCUGACUCACCCCUAGCUGCUGAGGAUCCCAGAGGGUCUGAUGAUGAGGAGGAGCAGGCUCCACUGAGCCAGUGGACAGAGAACCCCUGUUUCAAUGGACCCAGUCUGACCCUUAACAGCCAGCUGAUGGAGCUGCCAGCCCUCGCCCUCACCACCACCAACGCUGCCCCAGGUGCAGUUUCUUCAGACGAAGACAGUCCACCUCCAUUACCUGAGAGAACUGCUGAAUCAUAUAUACUGGCUGCUGGUGCAGAGCGCUCGGAUAACAUCUCUAAACCUAAGAUGUUAGAAAUCAUCCUCCCUUCUAAUGCUGAAGCUGAGGCCCUCAGUGGGGGGAAUGGGAGUCCCCUGACGCCUAUCCCUCCACUGCCAGAGAGAACGCCAGAGUCCUUUGUGUUGGCCAACGAUGCCGGUAGGAGCACUCCUGUCUUCCCUCCCCUCUCAGUCCCUGUAGAGAAGAUGGUCCAGGACAGGCCAAAGGACAGCAGGAUUGGAACAUCCUCAGAAUGGUGUGGCCGUAUAGGGGACACACCAGCUCUGGUGGAGAAGAGAUCUUGGACGAGGAGCAGGAGCUUAAAAGUUAAAAUGACAACACUCUCAGUAUCACCCCUGGUUACAGUUCCUGCCCUAGUUGUAUCUUCGGAUCCUGCUCCCUGUACAUCUAUAAACCUUCCUCCUCCCCCUCCCUACCCUCUGGUCCCUACUCUCUCACCUCCAGAGAGACUGACUCCCCCGCUACCUGAGAGAACCCCAGAAUCCUUCAUCGUGGUCAUGCAGGACGGUGAGCACAUCUCUUCAUCACCGCCACCUUCGCAAUCAUCAUCAUCAUCAUCAGUUGCAUUUGAUCAAAACAGCACGCCCUGCCUGCAUAGUCUGAGCAGCCAGACCACAACCACACAGCAGAGGAUCGGUACGUCCUCAGAGUGGUCGGGGAACUCCCAACCCAAAAGAUUCCUGGAUGGAAUCAUGAAUCGGAGCAAGAGUGUCCGGGCGAAGAGUUCACGGAAAGAGCACCUGACGACUGUUCAUCUGGUUGCUCCAGCCGUUGUGGCCUUGGCGACAGGAGGAAGUGCUGAGAUGGAGCAUCAGCAGCCUGUGGUCAACAGCAACUCAACCAGCUCUGGGACUACUGACAACAAAUCAGACAUGAACAGUGGGAAGAGCAUGUCUAGAACAAAGAGCCUGAAGUUCUUCAAGCACAGACAGAAACCAAAGACAGCCCCCCCACCAGCAACAACCCACUCUGGAUCACCUCCUAAUGGUGCCUCUGCCUCAUCAUCCAUGUUCAAAUUUGGAUUUGGGAGUCGUUUUGUGAAGCCUAAAGGGCCGAGGACUCACCCUGAGACGUGGUUUUAAGACAGCCGGUCAACAAAGCUGGACAUGUCUGGCCACUGUCCUGAGAUCACAGGGCUGGAACCCUGCAUGUGGCUAGUCGAUACCGGCUACUCAACUGAACCAGUGAUAGCCUGGUCCCAGGCCUGUUGGUGCUGUUUUGCCAACUCCUGUGUCAUUAUCAAAUGAGACCAGUGACUGUUCCCAGAGGAAUUAUCAGUGUGAAGGAAGAGUAUUCCACGCAGACAUGGAGGAUGACAUACUGUACUGUAGCAUUCUCCCUCUGCAUCGAUUCUGGAAGGACACAAACACGGUUUCUCAAACUGCUGUUACAGCCCGGUGAUCAACCUCUGAUGAGCUUUUUUUAACAGAACCACCUGCUAUUCAUGACAAAUUGAUUGUACUGUGGUUGCGAAAAACGCAAUUACAUGUUGGCAAAGGAUGGAUGAGUUGAUAAAUAUGUUUAAGAGAGGGCUACUUUUGACUAUUUUGCCUGGUCAAAUGCUGUUAGGUACUUUGAAUUGUUGUUAACACUUGAUGCAUGUUAUAUCCAGAUAGUUUUACAUGCUGUUUGAUGUUGUUUGUUUGUGUAGUCUACUUUUGAUCCAGACAAAAGCUAGAUCUACACCUGCACUGUUCAGUGUGAAUGUUACCCACCACGAUGGGACAACUAUUUUUAGGAUAAAUAUAUUUGUACCGGUAAUAUUUUUCGUGGAGGUGUGAGAUAAGACAGAUACUGUACAUACAUCACGUUCAUUGUGUGUGUAAGUUGGUGGAUGUGUUUUCUAUACGGGCUAUAAUUUGAAAGCAAAGCCAAGACCUAUUGCUGUAAAUUUACCCAUUGAUGAGGAUCACUGAUUUCUUCUCUAUAAUGCUUACAAAAGUAAUGCCACUCAGUUGUUUCAUACAUAACAGGCAUACAGUUAUUUAUUUAUUUUAAAACACAGGAAAAGUUGAUGCAUUCCAUUGUGUGUUUUCAACUCAAUUUACAUGACUGAUCACACUUUUAAUAACAUAAUUCUAUUAAAUGUAACUUAUUAUUUUUACCCCAAAAAA